GGCUGAUCCUGCUGUUCUACCUGGUGUUUUACGGGUUCCUGGCCGGGCUCUUCGCCCUCACCAUGUGGGUGAUGCUGCAGAGCGUCGACCCCACGUGCCCAAAGUACCAGGACCGGCUGCUGACCCCCGGUGACCUUUGUGUCACCCCCCCCGUGCCCCCUCCCGCUGUCCCAUCCCCCCCCGGGACCACCCUGACCCCGAUGGCUGUGAUCCGUCCCUGUGCCGAGGGUCUCGAUGUCACCUUCAACGUGAGCCAGAGCCAGACCUGGCACCAGUACGUGAGAGCCCUGCACCAGUUCCUGGAGCCGUACAACGACAGCGUCCAGGCCGCCCGUAACGCCGCCUGUCCGGCCGGGCGCUACAACGAACAGCCGGACGACAGCGUCCCCAACUACCCCAAACGCGCCUGUCGCUUCAACCGCUCCCUGCUCGGACCCUGCGCCGGCCUCGGCCCCCACGGCGACUACGGCUACGGCUCCGGCCAGCCCUGCGUGCUCGUCAAGGUCAACCGGGUCAUCAACUUCUCCGGGAAGAACAAGAGCAUCAACAUCGUCUGCGCCGCCAAGCGUGAGGAGGACGCGGCUCUGCUGGGCCCAAUGCAGCUCUUCCCCCCCAACGGCUCCAUCGACCUCAUGUACUUCCCCUACUACGGGAAACGAGUCCACGUGAAUUACACCCAGCCCGUGGUGGCCGUGCAGUUUUCCAACGCCACGGCCAACGUGGAUCACCACGUGGAAUGUCGGCUCAACGCCGCCGGGCUCCGCACCGACGACGAGCGCGACAAAUUCGCCGGGCGCGUCGCCUUCCGCCUCCGGAUCAACCGCGACUGACCCCGCCCGGACCCCCCCGUA